AUGUCUUUUGUAAAGAGAGCCCUUCAUCUGCAUCUAUGUAUUCACCAAAUGAGAACUAUCCCUUGGCAAGCAUGGAAGAAACCAUCCAGGAAAAGGUAAUGAAGGAGGAGAUGGAUGGACACAUUGGAGUGCUGCCUUUAGAACAUGAUGAAUCCAUUGUGCGAGGCAAUCCAGAAGAAGAAUGUUCAGUUGACGGCACAAAGCGAAAGCAGACCACGGAGAUGGGGGAAUCAAGACUGCCUGAAGAUGAGACUCAGCCUUCAGUGGAUUUAGAUGAAGCUUCUUCUAGCAUAGCUGCUGUCCCUGAGAAGACUCCUAGUCCGCCUACCUCAGAGAUCUUGCCCGUCUCUCAGCCUAGUGCAAUAGAAAAUUCCAGUGCUGAUAAUCCCGUAGUCAGCUCUGCUGAAGCUGAACAGGCAGAACCUGACUGUGAUGUUGGUGGGGCACUUGAGGCCGACGCUCCGAGGGAGCCUUCCUCUCUUGUGGCUUCGCCAGAGAGCCUUGUAGGUCAACACAUAGAAAACAUCUCCUCACGCACCAAGGGGAAAAUGACUAAGUCCGAAUUUGAACCGAAGCUUGCUGCUGAGCAGAAGACAGAUCCAAAGUCGGCACUGAACGCUUCGGGUAACUUGAGAGGGGAUACCAAAGUGGGAGAAAUUGACCCAACUUCUGUGAUAACUCCAAAGGACCCAGGAGAUAUUCCCACAUUUGAUGAAUGGAAGAAGCAGGUUAUGGAAGUAGAAAAAGAAAAAAGUCAGGCAAUGCAUCCAUCCUCCAAUGGAGGUCAACAUCCUACAAAAAAGGUCCAGAAAAACAGAAAUAACUAUGCUUCUGUGGAGUGUGGGGCCAAAAUACUGGCAGCUAAUCCAGAAGCAAAGAGUACGUCAGCUAUACUAAUGGAGAAUAUGGACCUCUACAUGCUGAAUCCAUGCAGUACUAAAAUAUGGUUUGUUGUGGAGCUGUGUGAGCCAAUUCAGGUGAAGCAGCUGGACAUUGCCAACCAUGAAUUAUUCUCGUCCACUCCCAAGGACUUUUUGGUGUCUAUCAGUGACAGGUACCCAACAAACAAGUGGGUCAAGCUGGGCACUUUCCAUGCUCGAGAUGAAAGGAAUGUCCAGAGUUUUCCUCUGGAUGAACAGAUGUAUGCAAAAUACGUAAAGGUGGAGUUGGUGUCGCAUUUUGGAUCAGAACACUUCUGCCCUUUGAGCCUUAUAAGGGUGUUUGGCACUAGUAUGGUUGAAGAAUACGAAGAAAUAGCUGACUCUCAGUACCAAUCAGAAAGACAAGAGCUUUUUGAUGAAGAUUAUGAUUAUCAUUUGGACUAUAAUGUGGGUGAAGAAAAAUCUUCAAAGAAUCUAAUUGGCUCUGCCACAAAUGCCAUUUUAAAUAUGGUGAAUAUUGCUGCUAAUAUACUUGGAGCAAAAUCUGAAGAGCAUUCUACUGAUCAAGGAAAUGAAAGUGUCCCUGAAAAUACAACUGCAACUUCCAGGGUGGUACCAAGUCUGCUGGAGCCAACUACCACUCCUUCUUUGGAGCUUGUUGCUUCAGAGAUACCACAAACGGAGAAGGAGCCGUUAAUUGUAGAUGUGACAAAAGACAGUCCAAUUGUACAGCUCGUCCAAGAAUACGAAGAGGAAGCGAGUCGAUCAACCGUGACCUUGCUACCCAGCGACGAACAAGAAGAAGAAAUGUUGUGGUUUGAAUCAGAAACACAGAUCUAUUGCUACGAGCUGAUGACAGUCUGUUGCAUUUCCACCUUUUCGGAAUAUCUAUACAAGCGCUGUUCAGCAAUCGCAGCGCUGCAGCGCUACCAUAGCAAAAAAGAUACCAGUUGGGGGAAAUCCUACUCAGCUAUUUUCCAGCCCGAAUUAGUUUCAACCAAAUCUUUGUACAUAUCAACAUAUGAACCUCUUCCUGACAAAUUGGACACCCUUAUUCCAGAGCCACCAGAAGCCACUGUAGGCAUCCUAAGCAGUGUGUCAACCGAGCCCAUCAUUAAUCAGACUGAGGGAGCUUUUGAACUGGAACCCAGUCAUCCGCAGACGGUCUCUCAGUCCAUCCUCUUGGGUGUCACCACGGGAGCCGAGGCGCAGUCUACAAGGGAUGUGUCCUCCGAGCCCACAAAACAGGAAGCUGUAUCUGAAACGCCAGAGGCUCCUCCCCAGGAGGAAAUCCCUGCUGAAAAAGAUGAAGUUGUUGGGUCUGUUACAGAGCAACUGCCUGGAACCAGUGUUGUAACUGAAGUUGAAGAGACGGGAGAAGAGAGGACCCCUACUGAAACAGUCUCAAAGCCAGCAGAGACGGUUACGCAGUCGGAAUGUACCGGAGCCGUAGAAAGCAGCGAUGGGGAAAGAAAGGCGGGUUCCUUGGCAACCGAAAAACCAGUGGAGUCGCCUGUUGUAGAGUCAUCUUCAUCGGAAAUAAAAGAUGAUGACACGGUGGUUGAGGAGCCAUUUCUCCCUAUUCCCGUUUCUGGUGGGUUACCACGGACUGCUACAGACUUCUAUGCUGAACUGCAGAAUUCCACAGACUUGAGUUACGCUAAUGGGAACCUUGUUCAUGGAUCCAACCAAAAAGAGUCUGUCUUUAUGAGGCUCAACAAUCGCAUUAAAGCCCUGGAAGUAAACAUGUCUCUCAGCAGCCGCUAUUUGGAAGAACUUAGCCAAAGAUACCGCAAGCAAAUGGAUGAAAUGCAGAAGGCUUUUAAUAAAACGAUAAUAAAACUUCAGAAUACUUCACGCCUGGCAGAACAGCAGGAUUUGAAGCAGACAGAGGCCAUUCAACUUCUGCAGGCACAGCUGACCAAUAUGACACAGCUAGUUGCCAAUCUGUCAUCAACUGUGGCUGAACUAAAAAUAGAGGUGUCUGAUCGCCAGAGCUAUCUCGUAAUCUGCUUGGUGCUCUGUGCCAUUCUGGGCUUGAUGCUUUGUGUACAGCGCUGCAAAAAUAGGUCAGAGUUGAAUGACAACUACUGCUCAGAACUUCUCAAAAAUAAUCACUAUCCCAGUCCAAAAAGGUGUUUUUCUUCCUAUGAUGAUAUGAACUUGAAAAGAAGAACCUCCUUUCCGCUCACCAGGUCUCAGUCUUUUCAGCUGAACAGCAAAGAAGUGGACCCGGGUGAUCUGUACAUUGUAGAGCCGUUGAAGUUUUCGCCAGAGAAAAAGAAGAAACGCUGCAAAUACAAAACUGAAAAGAUUGAAACAGUCAAACCAGCAGUGGAGCCCAUGCAUCUAGUACCUAAUGGGGAAAUAAAAAGCAGGAAGCCCUUUACAAAUCAGAGGGACUUCUCCAAUAUUGGUGACAUGUACCACUCUUCGUACAAAGGUCCCCCGUCGGAAGGAAGCUCAGAAACUUCCUCGCAGUCUGAAGAGUCCUACUUCUGUGGCAUUUCAGCGUGCACGAGCUUGUGCAAUGGGCAAAUCCAAAAGACAAGAACAGAGAAGCGGGCUCUCAAGCGGAGACGGGCUAAAGCUCCAGAGCAGGGGAAGCUCAUGAAAACUUUAAUACAGACAAAGACGGGGUCCUUGCCAAGCCUGCACGAUAUCAUCAAAGGAAACAAGGAACUGACCGUGGGAACACUCGGUGUCACAGCUGUUUCUGGGCACCUUUAAAAUGCAUUGAACUCUUCGUACUGCAGGGAGCUUUUGUAUGACACAACUUGUAGUAUUUUGGUGACUGGGAGGGGAAAGGUUGGUUAUUUGCAAAGCGUCUGGAUGGUGGCUCUUUUCUUAAGGGUUGUGUCCAUAACCAACCUUGGCUGUCCGCUUCAGCUUCCUCCAAGCUAAUUUCUGAUAUGGAUCGCUGGAGGGAGGGGAACUGCCCGUGGGGGGGGACGGGGGGGGACAUGGCU